CAUUCCACUCCGCCGUGUCGUGUCUGGCAGUGAAAUCCAGGUCAUCGCCACUGGAUCAUCACAGAGCCAGCAGCAGCGGCGGCGGAUAGUCAGACAGACAGACAGACAGACAGACAGAUAUAUAGAUAAGAUAAAUAUCUAGAUUAAUUUCUCUCCGCUGAUUUGUGUGAUUAACUCACUCCUGUAAGAGUGCUGUAAAGAGAGCGAGGGAGCGAGCGAGUGUAUUGACGCUGCACUCUGAGGGAUGAGCUGGCAUGCUGAUUAGAGCUCUGCUGAGCGGAGCGCAUUCCCCUGAGAACUGCAACAACUCCACACCUGCCUCCCGUACCUGAGACCUUCACCACACCUGCAGCGGCUACCAGACCUACCUGACUGGAUCUCUACUCCAAUCUCCCCCUCUCUCUCUGUCUACUUUGUUGUUCUCUCUCUCUCUCUCUCUCUCUCUCUCUCUCUCUCUCACACACUCUAUCUCCUCAAGGCAGCCAUGACCUGUGUGCUCUGGCUAGGGGGGUAACUGUGUUAAUUGGAGGAGAGGCGUGGUGGUUGCUGUGGCGACCCCACCCUGACCUCACAGGAAUAGACUCGUCGCCUCUCUCCGGACUGCAUAGUUCACACUGGUCCCAGUGCUCCGCUGGCCUUUCUGCACAGUGUAGCCUAUGUGGGGGUCAGCGGCGGGAACAUAGCCGGAGCUGGAAGUGGAGAAGCUGGAAUUGGGAGAGAGCUAUGGACUCUUGAGGUGAAGAUGAUGAUGAUGGGAGCGUGCUGGCUGUGUCGUCCCCAGCAGCCCUCACUGGAUCGGACCGGUUAACGACGGACACGUGCUGUGCUGGAGGAGCAGUAUGCAGGAGGCUGACCUACCGGCCACAAAUGCUUUCACAGAGUGCAAGUUCCUGUGCACUAAUGGUCGGUGUCUGGACCUCGGCUCGCUGGUCUGCGAUCAGCUCAACCACUGUGGCGACAACAGUGAUGAGGAGAACUGCCCCCCGUCCACCCAGCACCCCCCACCUGCCAUUCUCUACUCUGAACUGGAGUUUGUGCAGAUAAUGAUCAUAAUCGUGGUGAUGAUGGUGAUGGUGGUGGUUAUUAUCUGUCUCCUGAACCACUACAAGCUCUCUACGUGGUCCUUCAUGAGCAGGCCGGGCCAGGCCAGGAGGCAGGAGCAGCCGGAGGGAUGUUUUUGGCCAUCAGAUAGUGGUUCCAGACAAGGAGCUUCAGAGGUGGUCUACGCCCCGCAGCCUCGGGAACGCUUCAGCGCACCCUCCUUCAUGCAGCGUGAGCGCUUCAGUCGCUUCCAGCCCACCUACCCGUACCUGCAGCACCAGAUCGACCUGCCGCCCACCAUCUCCCUGUCAGACGGCGAGGAGCCGCCGCCCUACCAGGGCCCGUGCACCCUGCAGCUGAGGGACCCGGAGCAGCAGCUGGAGCUAAACCGCGAGUCAGUGCGCGCGCCGCCCAACCGCACCGUCUUCGACAGCGAACUCAUAGACGCCCCGCGCCCUCCCAGCAGCAACUCGGGCAUCAGUGCCGCCAACUCCAGCACCCACGGCCGCAUGGAGGGUCCCCCACCCGCGUACAGCGAGGUCAUGGGCCACUACCCGGGCGCGGCAUAUUUCCACCACCAGCACAGCAAUAACCAGUCCUCCACCGUCAGCAGCAUUCAGACUCCCCCGCCCACGGGCAGGACAGGCCAGGGCAGCCCGCAAAGCACAAUAGUCCCGAUCAAGGCCAAGGACAUGCAGAGAGGAGAGCUAGUGUGAGAUGUGUGCUUGUUUUUGUGUGAGUGUGUGAGCACGCACUGGUGUGUGUGUGUGUGUUGUGUGUGUGCAGGGCUGCCAAAACACACCCUUCCCUCUCCCCACCUUCAUAUAAAAGGUGUGGUUGCCCUCUUCACACUCCCAUGCACAACAGAAAACAAGAAAAAUCACUCUUGAUUACAAAAUAGAAAAAAAAAGCCACAUUUACAAAACGUAACCAAGUGGAGCUAAGCUUACAAGAUAACCUUCUACUUUCUCUCACUUAAACAAGACAACAGGACGUGGUAGAGCUUUGUAGCGCUGUUUUGUACUCUUGUAUUACCUUCAAAUCUUCAAAUGAGAGAAAACGAUACUAGCACAUAAGCCUUUCUCUUUUUUGUUUUUUUUGUUGCGCAAAGCACCCCACACAUCCAGAGGUGUCUGAUGAUACGAUGGGACGUGGAGUCGUGGAUCAUUUUUCCAAGACCAGGAUCUGUGCACAAUUUCAGAUUUUUCAAAAUCGAAGCGUUAAAAUCCAAAUCCUAGUGCCAAGGUUUUCCUGUGGGGACUGGCGUGAGGGUAUAGACUCACUAUUAUUAUACAUUCAAAUCAAAAACACACACAGAAGUUGCACUAUCUUUAUUGUGGAAAGAGUUGAGGGAAUCUGAGAUACAUGAUUUUACUUGUUUGUUUUGUUUGUAUUGUGUUAUUAUUAUUCUUGUUCUUGUCUUUAUUUCAUUUUGAACAGAAGCUCCAAAAUAUGUCUGUGGGAGCGAUCGAUAGGGUCUUAUCCUUCUUCUGACUUCUUGUGCACAACAGUUACUUGGAUCCAGCCUAAAUAUUUUUUCUUACCCUUUCCGAAAACAUGGGCCCUGCUUUUUCAGUCCUUCUCACAACCUCGCAGUGAUGCUUUCAGACACUUUCAUGCCUCUCCAGUUGGUCUUGAGGUCAGUUGGAUGGCGACAGAAUGUUAGUUUUAUGUAUAAAAACAAAAAAACGUCACUUUACUAACGGAGAUGCUAGUUGCUUUUGUUACAUGAGUAGAUUUUCAUUUUUUAUGUUUCAGAGCAGGUCUAGAACACUUCUGAUUUUUCUUACUUUACGUUUUAGUUUCUUUGUAAUGUUUCAAAUUGAUCUCUUUCUCUCUUCCAGGCUUAAGAUGUAGAAACUGAAUGAAGAGCAGUAAUUCAGUGAGCAGGGUCAUGCUAAUCUUAACGUUAAUUAAAAAAAAGGUACAUUGUAAUCAAGAACCAGUGGAAUAUAAUCAAAGUUCUAGCUGCAAUCCUUUGUACCUUUUGCACUUGGCCCAUGAGAGAAAAACCAAAAUGGCAAACCAUUUCUGUAUGUGUGAGCUCUGGUCCUGUGCAUCCUGUGUGUUCAGCUUGGACAGAAGCUUCUCUUGGCUUUUUUCUUUACUUGAAACAGCUGAUGCUGCCCAUUUGUGUGCACUCCUUCACUUUCAGCCCUUUUCUUACCAUUGACCAUGACGUGUUGAUCAGUAGGCCAUAGGAUCAUAGUAGCAGGAGUGAACAAGUAAGGUAGGGAAACAAACUGCUUUGUUUGAGAGUUGUAUACACAUAUCUUCUAGGUUGUAUUACCUGGUUUAAAGACACGGUAAAGAUAAGGGCUAAUGCGAGGGUUGCGUUUCUUGUUUUUAUUUUUUUUUUCUUGUUUUUUUGUUCUGGAUAUCUGAUCUUAUUAACCCUGCCUUAUUCUGCUCAUGUUGCCUUUCUCACUCUCGCUGUCUUCAGGCAGUGUUAACCAGACCCCAGCACCUGCCACUGUUCAGUGCAGCACUUCCCUCCUUACUUGGCCCUAAAAGCACUUGUGGGAAUGUUCCCCCGUAAGAAAGUGGUAAUCUAACAUCAGCUCUUUUUCAUGAUUCUUUAUCCAAUGUAAUGGCACUCAUUUAUGUUAUUAUACUAUUUUGUUCAAAUACAAUACAGAGAUUGGCAGUUUUCAGACAUUUAAAGACCCAUAGACCUUCUGGCUCCUGUGCUAAACCAGGCUCGGUAGAUCAGUGUCUCAGAACAACGCUAAUCUACAAUUUCUUUGUUUCUCUUGCUUAUUGAAUUAAAAAGCACUGAAGAGCAGAACUGAUUCUGGAAAUAUAAGCCCUUAUUUCUUUCACCAAAAGCUACUCUCUCAAAUAUUCAAUCAUUUUCUUCUUUUAAUUCAGUAGAUAUUAGUGUAUUUGACCUUGAUCUGUUGGACAUGGUGCUAAAUUUAGCUUUAGAAAAGUUUACAUUCUGAGAGACCAUAGCUAUUCUCUUUGAAACUCAUCCAGUCUUUUCCAAACAUUGAUUAUCGAUCAGAACUAAUGAGAAAAGGACAUUUAAAGCUCAGAAAGGCCCAUUGUGGAAAGGGGGCAUUGCUUUACAGACUGCUGGCCUUUUGGAGAAUUCCCUCUUGAACAGGAUCCUUAGGUACUUAUGCCUUCAAGUGCAGCAUGCAUCCCUUUAACAUGGAAACUAAAGACUGAAAAACUAUUUUUUAGCCCUGGUGAUCAUUUUCAUGGACAAACAUCACUAAUCUGAAGCAUCCAUGAUAAUGUGUGUGUUCGCUUUUGCAUUUAUUAUUGGAAAACAAAACAAAAAACAAACAGUUACUUCCUUGCUUAACAGCCGUCAUUUUGAUAAUCACUGCCCACUGCUUCAGUCUAACCGCGUGACAGGCCGUCGUUGUGUGUGUGUGUGUGUGUGUGUGUGUGUGUGCGUGCGCACGUGUACAUGUUUGUUUCUGCCGGUGUGUUAAUGAAGAUAACAGUACAGUAGAUUCCGAAGCCUAGAUUUACUCAAUCUGUCUCUUGACCACAAGCCUUAACAGUAGAAGAGUAGAAGUACUCUUUGGAGACAUGGUGUCUGUUCAGAUGACACUAGACUGAGCCCAGAUCUGGACUGUGAUGUGGUGGGUGGAUCCAUGUUGAGUAUGUAAGUUAGUAUUUUUGUGUAAAUGUUCACGGCUGGUUCCUUGAACAGAAAUGAAGCUCACAUAGAUAUGUACUAUAUCUCUAUUGACUGUGUGGUUGAGUCCAGGACUAGGUCUGGUCAGUGUGCUGCAGUGUUGAGAGGGGAUUCCUCUGAUCAAGCAUUUACGUAAAUGGGCAGAGCCACCAUCUGCACAAUUUGAGAGUAGACUUGGGGCAUUUUAGGGACAGAUUUAAGGUAGAUGUUGGGAUUAGAUUCACUAGUAAAAAUAAUAAUUCACCAUAUACACUCUUAAACAUGAAGGUGCUUCAGAAACGUAUUCUUUCUGUGAUUCAUUGCACAAAGUUAUUGAUGAUAAUUUCCAGUGAGAACAAAAUUUAAGAUUGGAACUGGAUUCAAGGUUCAGAUCUGAUUAACUGGACUGUAAAAGAAACACAAUUUGUUAUGGAAUUAAUUUUAUUUGCAAUAGAAAUAUGUAAAGAACCUGUGAAUAUAUAAAGGUAUAUUACUUUAGAAUUUUUUGGAUUAAAGGUCCUUAACAUUUCAUCACCUAUUCUCUGGGGAGCUCCAAGUGGCUCAGCAGACUCAGAUGCUGACACUAUAGCAUAAGGAUUGCAAUUUCAUUUGCCAUCAGCAGCCAGAGUCUAAGAGAGCAUGUGAUGUUGGUCAGCACAGGUCUCUGUUGACUAAUGAAUCAAAGCUUGUGUCCGGCAUUUUCCCCUGAUCACAUUGGCUGUCUAAAAAUGACAGAAUAUUUUUCUCUAAAGAACCAUUUGAAGCACCUGUAUUUUUAAGAGUGUGGUCCAUGUUAAUCCAAAAAUAGGAUUUAAUAUGUGGCUAGAUAACUGACCCUACACUGACCCUUCCACAGAUUCUAUGAAUAUAGAUGUUCAAUUUUUAUACUGCAAUGCCAGCAUUUAGUAAGGGCUUACGCCAGCACCCCCACAUUUCACACUUUACUUUAUUGUUUGUGAUUGUUCAGAUUGGAUGGAGGAAUGGAUGGGUUAGAUGUGUAGAGAUAUAUAGAAUGACCACUUGCAGAGAGGAGGAGUGAAAUGUGUUUAGUUUUUGUUUUUUUCCUCGUUGUUUUGGCACUGGCCAAUCGGACGCUCAAGGCCGCACACCAAUAGCGUUCUGGUCAGAUCUUCUUCUCCCUUCAUUUACUCUUCCAAAGAGCUCCCAGAGCUUUUCUUUCAUCUCUGCUGUUUAAUGCUGCUGCUAUCACUACUGCUGCUUCCGCCAAUUGAUUUCGUUCUGGCCCGCGCUUGUCGGCAUGACCCUUAUUCUGGUAAUGACCGUCAUUUGGCUGUCUCCGCUCGGGCUUCUCCUGCCUCCUUCUCUUCAUCUGAUCAUUGUCCUUGUUACAAAGAAGUGCUUGGUUUUUUGUUGGAUUUUUUUUCUCCUUUUUGUACGGAAUGAGGCGUUCUGCAUGUUGUCCGUAUGAUGUGAGCUAACUCGGUGCCUAUCGUUCACGUUUUGAGCAGACGUAGAAACCCACUUGCACUCUUCAAGCUCCCACCUUUGGUGUGCCUCACUUCCAACGGUGCUUUUUUCACUAGUCUGUCUUUCUUUUUUUUCUUUCGUUCUUUUUUGUUUGUUUGUUUUUCUUUCUUUUUUGUCGUUUCUGUUCUUUCUUUAUUUUUUUUUGUACGGUGCUGUAAAUAACUUGAAUAUGUUAUGCACACAUAUCCUACCCAAUGGGUAGAAAACCACAGAAAAAGACAUUUGUUAAUAAUGUAAUAUAAUGUAUAGAUGGUAUAAAAAUUUAACACAGUGGUAUCAGGUUUGUAAAUGCCUACAUUUGUUAAGAUGUGCUUUUUUGUCUUUUCUUUCUUAUCUUUGUGUUUUUUUGGAAACAAGGAGAAGGUUUGCGAAACAAUACUUAAAUAUGAAUUACAGAAUGAUUACAAAGUACUACUUAUUUUUUUUAUGAAUAAUAACCAUAUUAACAGUAUGAAUGGCAGUUGUUCUAGGACGAGAAACAUGCUUGAAAUAGAAUAUAAUAUUUGUGUUUCUGUUUGUUUUUUUCUUUUGUAAAUCCUACCCCAAAUAACUCGUACUACAUCGGAAUGGGCAGUAGAAUGGUAGAAUCAGCGUACCAAUAGGAAUUUGUGCUACAGCAUGGAUCUGACCAUACCGUUUACACCACCCAAACCUUUUCUACAUGUUUACUACAACCACUGUACAUCCAUGGCUGUGUCUGAAACUGUGCCCUACUCAGUAUGUAGUGCACUUGUUUGGGGUUUUCCAUUUUAUAGUAGUGUCUGAAAACAGAAUUUUCAGUGUACCAUAGUUUAAUGCCUUGUCACAUUCUGUUCACUAUAAUAGUGCACUAUGUAGUGAACUCUGUUUCUCUAUGUUGGGAAUAGAGAAUAGGGCACAGUUUCAGACUCUGCUCCAGUGAAGGCAUUAAAUUUGCUAAUUAAGAAUAUCUACAAAAUAUUUUUUAAUUUCUUACAAUAAUUUAACUAACAGCUCAUAAUGGAACAUGUCAAACAAGUCUAGCUUGCAGCUUUGAGUUACAUUGCCACAACAGCUGUAUUCAGUAAUGGGGAAAAUACUGGAAAUACAAUAGAAUUCUACAUUACUGCUAUAGCGGUGAAUCAGGCAGGCAUGGGCUGUCAUAGUGAAUUUAUUUCUAGUUUAGUCAAAACUAUCGUAGUAUAAUUUAUUGUGAUUAAAACAAUCCCUGCAUUCCCCAGGCACCAAAGUUGGUACGAUGAUUAGGAUAUGAAUCAAUCUAAAAUUAAAUAACAUACAGAAAGUAAUAUUUCAUACAAAAAGGUGUGAAACGUAUAUAAUAUAAAAAACAUACUACAAAACAUAUGAAUGCAAAUACUUUGACUUUGCUUUGGGGAUUGUUGGUUAAUAUGUAUUGCACAAAAAAAAACGUCAGUGUCCGAAAUUUCAAAAGGCCCGUAACUUUAGUUUUGAACCUUAUGCGCUGCUUUCCCAGAUCCAAAUGAAGCCCUUACCUGGACUUAAAAGCUCAGUGAUUGACCAUCAGUUCUGCAGUUAUAUGUAAGAACAAGGCUAAAUUCAUCGAAGUCUGGGAAACUAGCUGUCAAAUUCCAUGCAAUGCUAUGCGUCCUUUCCUUUUAGUUAUCACACAGUGGCUACAACCACAGUUCUACCAUUCAUAAUUUUAUAAUAUUUAUUUGGGAUGUUCUGUGUAUGUUGGUAUUCUGGAACAAAACCUGAAACAGAAAGUUACGCUGGGUCUCCACUGUAACUGAAUCUGCAUCUGAAUCUAUUGAGCAUGUCCAUCAUUUAUGUAACAGAUGAUAAUGUACAUAGCAAUGCCAUUCUGUUUCUCCAGUGACCAAUGGCAGUUGCGUAGCCUUGAGAGGCCUAUGGCGUGUGUGUAUUUGGGAGGGUGGGGGUGUGUGUGUGUCUGUGUGUCCGAAACUCCAAAACGCUGUAGACGUUUGUUCCUCGCGAGUGUUUUGACUGAAGCUGAUCAAUUUGUGCAUCAGUUUGUUUAUUUAAAAGCAUCAGAUGCUUGUGCACACAACUGCUCCGCUCCACCGCUAACCAUAGCUUUUCCAGCAUUAUUAGUCAACACAGGACUGCAUCCAUCACAGACUUUGCAUCAUUUGGUUUUUAUUUACUAAAUGUACCCUGGCAGUUUUUUUUCUUUAUCUGUGUGUAUGCAUACAUCUGUACUUGUAUUUUUCUAUAUACACGUACAUAAAUAUGCUCAUAUACACAUUAAAAAUGUGUAUUUUGCCUAUUUUUUAUUUAAGCAAUUGUGAUGUACUAGGUUUUAGGCCUAAGGUCUGUUACUGCAAUACUUUUUCAGAAAAAAAGUAAAAGAAAAAAAAAUAGUCAAAAAAAUGUUGCUCUAAAUGCCGUUGUAGUCAAAGAUUUUAUGCUUGUACUGCUGUGGUCAAACCAUAGCAAAACAUUAAAACUUAAAAAUACUAA